CAGUUGGCCAGCGAGCAGCCUUGUCGGUUGGAGGCUGUAAGUGUAAAUCUCGCUGACUGAAACAGCAGUAUUGUUGUGCCGGUUUUGAUUUCUGAUUUUCGAAAUCUUUCUGAAGUGUUUCUGUUUCUCUGUUGUUCUUCACAAAAUCUAUGUCUUGUUUCUAGUUUGUUGUUCCUACAUUUAAAACACAACUAUUUUUUAUUGUAACUAGGUACUGGCCGGCACAAGGCUAGUCGGCUGCAGGGUUUGUAACUCAACCCUGGGAGAAGGUGGUGGAGGAGUAGGAUGACCAGGAAACUGCAGCUGGCUCAGGAUGAGGAGGAAGAGGAGGCGGAGGCCAGACAGGCGCUGAGGGGUGAGGAGGCAUCGGACAAUGAGGAGGUGGAGAGAUCACCAGCAGUAGGAGGAGGGGGAGGCAGUGGUGAGAUACAGCGAGAGACGUGGUCGGGAAAAGUCGACUUUCUGCUCUCUGUCAUCGGCUUUGCUGUGGAUCUGGCCAAUGUGUGGAGAUUUCCGUACCUGUGCUACAAGAAUGGAGGGGGAGCUUUCUUGGUGCCCUACUGCAUUAUGCUGUUUGUUGGGGGCAUUCCCCUGUUCUACAUGGAAUUGGCAUUGGGGCAGUUUCAUCGUAAAGGAGCCAUCACUUGUUGGGGCAGAAUUGUUCCUCUCUUAAAAGGUAUAGGUUACGCUGUGGUUUUGAUAGCAUUCUACGUGGACUUUUACUACAACGUGAUCAUAGCGUGGGCCUUGCGCUUCUUCUUCGCUUCUUUCACCUACUCUCUGCCGUGGACCACCUGCGACAAUGAGUGGAACAGCAAUCUCUGUCGGCCUUCGGAAUUUAGUGCUUGGAAUCAAUAUAAUCAUUCAUCUAAUUCCACUAACAGUUCCUCGACUCAAAUGUCAGCCGCCGACUCUCAGGCCUUCUCAGCAAAUUUCACAUCAGCUUCUUCCGAAUAUUUCAGUCGUGGUAUUCUGGAACUGCAUCGCAGCGAAGGUCUGCACGAUUUGGGAGGAAUCAAGUGGGACAUGGCCGCAUGUCUACUUAUUGUUUAUAUCAUCUGCUAUUUUAGUUUGUGGAAGGGCAUCUCCACUUCAGGAAAGGUUGUUUGGUUCACCGCUCUCUUUCCCUAUGCUGUAUUGUUGAUUCUUCUUAUCAGAGGUAUUACUUUGCCAGGGUCCGCUGAAGGAAUUAAAUAUUAUUUGAAUCCAAACUUCUCUCUAAUCGCUAAAGCUGAGGUGUGGGUGGAUGCCGCUACACAAGUAUUCUUUUCUCUUGGCCCAGGAUUUGGAGUUCUAUUAGCCUAUGCUUCCUACAAUGAAUAUCAUAACAAUGUUUAUCAGGACGCCCUGCUUACGAGCGUGAUCAACUCGUGCACGAGCUUCGUGGCGGGCUUCGUGAUCUUCUCAGUGCUAGGCUACAUGUCGCACGUGACCAACCGACCAAUAGGAGAGGUGGCCACUGAGGGCCCAGGCCUUGUGUUCGUCGUCUACCCGGCAGCCAUUGCCACCAUGCCUGGCUCCAUAUUCUGGGCGCUUAUAUUCUUCAUGAUGCUGCUCACGCUCGGCCUCGAUAGCUCGUUUGGUGGAUCAGAGGCGAUAAUCACGGCACUCAGUGACGAAUUUCCUCUGAUUGGAAGAAAUCGAGAGAUAUUUGUCGCCUGUCUCUUCACGCUCUACUUUUUUGUUGGACUUAUUUCUUGUACUGAGGGCGGUUUUUACUUCUUCCAUUUACUGGACAGAUAUGCGGCUGGCUACUCCAUGCUCUUUGCUGUACUUUUUGAAUCUAUUGCUAUUUCUUGGAUCUAUGGAGUUGAAAGGUUUUGCAAUGAUAUCAAGGAUAUGAUCGGGUUCGCCCCCGGUUACUACUGGAGAGUUUGUUGGCGGUUUGUCGCUCCAAUAUUUCUUAUGUUUAUCAUAGUGUGUGGCCUGAUGGAUUAUGAGCCACUGAGCUAUGAGAGCUACAUCUACCCACAAUGGGCCAACAUCCUAGGCUGGGCAAUCGCUGGCUCCAGUGUCAUCAUGAUACCAGGCAUUGCCGCCUUCCAAAUCUUGACCACUCCUGGAACGUUUUGUCAGAGAAUGAAAACACUGACAACGCCGUGGAAAGAUCGACCAGUUGUAAUGAGUAAUUCGAUUUCGAUGAAUGGAAUUCAAACAGACAAAGCUCAAAUUCGUCUCACCAGUAUACAGAAAGCUGAAGAUGUCUAGUGGAUCGCAAACUGUUGGAAGCUUUACUAUGCUGCAUCAAUCGUUUCAAAAAAGUUCCUAACGAUCAUGACAACCAUUUCAAUUUUUAUGAUGAUAUCUACAGUUUCCGGAAUUUGAAUUUCCAGAUAUAAACAGUUCAAAUUGUUGGAUGAGUUUAUGGUUCUUAUAAUACCGGUAUGUAAUUUCAAUAGUUUCAAAAUCAAAAGAAAAAUUAAUUGACAACUGCUGAAAAUUAUUGAAGAAAACUAGAUUUUUCAUAAGGUGAAACAGAAUUGACAAGUAGGCUACUCUUGAAAAAUGGGAAAUGAGAAAG